GCGCGGUGCGGCGCGGUGCUGGGCUGCGCCGAGCUCCGCGGCCGGAGCUGCGCCCGCCCCCGCUGCUGCGCGGAGCCCGCUUUGUGCCGGCAGCCGCGGCAGGACGGCCGGAAAGCCAUGGAAGAGUUAAUAGUUGAGCUGCGCCUGUUUCUUGAACUUCUGGACCAUGAAUAUCUAACUUCCACUGUCAGGGAGAAGAAGGCAGUAAUAACUAACAUUCUCCUGAGGAUACAGUCAUCAAAAGGUUUUGAAAUAAAAGAACAUGUACAGAAGCAAGAAGUCGCCAACAGUUUGCCGGCACCUCCUCAAAUGCCUCUGCCAGAAAUACCUCAGCAGUGGCUGCCACCAGAUAAUGGGCCUCCACCAUUACCAACAUCUUCCCUUCCUGAAGGCUAUUACGAAGAGGCAGUGCCACUUAGUCCUGGGAAGGCUCCUGAGUAUAUCACUUCCAAUUAUGACUCAGAUGCUAUGAGCAGCUCUUAUGAAUCCUAUGAUGAAGAGGAGGAGGAUGGAAAGGGGAAGAAAAUGAGACAUCAGUGGCCUUCCGAGGAAGCCUCUAUGGAUCUGGUGAAGGAUGCCAAAAUCUGUGCCUUCCUUCUUAGGAAAAAACGAUUUGGGCAAUGGACCAAACUACUGUGUGUUAUCAAAGAAAACAAACUACUGUGUUACAAAAGUUCCAAGGACCAGCAGCCCCAGAUGGAGCUGCUCCUGAACGACUGCAGUAUCACGUACAUUCCCAAAGACAGCAAAAAGAAGAAGCAUGAGCUGAAAAUCUCGCACCAAGGAGCGGAUGCCCUGGUUCUGGCAGUGCAGAGCAAAGAGCAGGCGGAACAGUGGCUAAAGGUUAUAAAAGAUGUGUGCAGCAACUGUACGGGAGCUGUAGACUCUGAUGGGCCAUUGUCUAGUUCUCCAGUACACAAGACAGAGCUGGAAAAGAAGCUGUCAUUUGAGAGGCCAAGCUCAGAUGGGGAGGGUGCUGUGGAAAAUGGCAUCACGACCGUGUGCAAUGGGAAAGAACAAGUGAAGAGGAAAAAAAGUUCAAAAUCAGAAGCCAAGGGCACCGUGACUAAAGUAACAGGGAAAAAAAUAACGAAGAUCAUUGGUUUAGGAAAGAAAAAGCCAUCAACAGAUGAACAGACCUCAUCAGCUGAAGAAGAUGUUCCAACGUGCGGAUAUCUCAACGUGCUCUCAAAUAACCGUUGGCGUGAGCGCUGGUGCAGAGUGAAAGAUAAUAAACUCAUUUUCCACAAGGACAGGACAGAUCUGAAGACGCAUAUUGUUUCUAUCCCUCUCCGUGGCUGCGAAGUCAUCCUGGGACUGGAUUCAAAGCAUCCCCUGACCUUCCGCCUGCUCCGAAAUGGGCAGGAGGUCGCUGUGCUCGAGGCAUCCUCCUCCGAAGACAUGGGCAGAUGGAUAGGAAUUUUGCUGGCGGAAACAGGGUCUUCAACAGACCCCGGAGCUCUGCACUAUGACUACAUUGACGUGGAAAUGACGGCAAGUGUCAUCCAGGCUGCAAAACAGACCUUCUGUUUCAUGAACAGGCGAGUUAUAUCUACAAAUCCGUAUCGGGGAAGCACUGCCAAUGGCUACGCCUGUCCGAGUGGAAUGGCACUUCAUUACGAUGAUGUUCCCUGCAUAAAUGGAUCGUGGGAACCAGAAGAUGGCUUUCCUUCUCGUAGCAGGAACAUUGGAGAAGAAAUGCUUUAUGAUAACGCAGGCCUGUACGAUAACUUGCCGUCUCCAAAAAUCUUUGCGCGCUAUCCACCAGCUGACAGAAAACCCAAUAGGUUAUCUACUGACAAACCCUCCUCUAACCAUUACAAAUACCCUGUCUCAUCCAAUCUGUCUUCUGCUCAAUCUGUCACUAAUACCUCUGCUGUGGGGAGGGGAUCUGGCUCGCAGUUUAAAGGCAAGAAGCCUCCUGCGACUGCUAAUGGGAUCACCGGGAAGGGGAGAACUUUAAAUAGCCAGCCGAAGAAAUCUGAAUCAGUAUCAUGUGUGAAGCGCACUGCGUCCAAUGCGGAGCAGUACAAAUAUGGCAAGAAUCGUGUGGAGGCAGAUGCAAAGAGGUUACAAAGCAAAGAGGAGGAGCUGCUAAAGAGGAAAGAAGCACUCCGGAAUAGGCUGGCCCAGCUUCGAAAAGAAAGAAAAGAUCUACGCGCUGCUAUUGAAGUCAAUGCUGGCAGGAAGACCCAAGUGAUUCUUGAAGACAAGUUAAAGAAGUUGGAAGAGGAGUGUAAGCAGAAGGAGACUGAGCGUGUAAACCUGGAGCUAGAACUGACCGAGGUGAAGGAGAGCCUUAAGAAAGCCUUGGCUGGUGGCAUCACACUGGGCUUGGCUAUCGAGCCCAAGUCAGGAACAUCAAGCCCACAGUCUCCAAUUUUCAAGCACCGAACUUUGGAAAACUCUCCAAUCUCCAGCUGUGAUACCAGUGAUACUGAAUGCUCAAUACCUGUGAACAGCGCAGCAGCUCUGAAGCGACCUCCCUCGUCAAAUAGUUCACCAUGUCGAGGCCAUGUCCUUCGAAAAGCAAAGGAAUGGGAGAUGAAAAAUGGAACAUAAAUAUAGCAAAAGCACUCACUUUCCAUAAAGGCCUUACCUAUUAUGGACCAAGACAUAGGCUGCAAAAGACUCAUCUGAAAGGUGGUAUCAAGCGAUACAACAUAAGAGGUUUUAUAAUUCUGUUAAGUUAAUGGUAGCUUGGCGCUAAUUUGCCUGUAUUCCCUCUACUGUAUUGCUGUGUAACUAUGUGUGCCCCUUUUUGUUAGCUGUAAAUCUUUAUUUCCAACUUCACUGGUAAAGAAAAUGAAAACCAAAAAACCCAAACCAACCAUAGUAAUUAAAAAGGAGCAUAAAGUUGCAGUUGAAAGUUUACUUUGCUGAAACAGCAUAGACCAGCAAUUGUAUUGCAUCAGAUGGCCUGAACACCACUGAAGACUGGUGCAUUAAGACCGAUGUGAAAUCGUAACUCUUACAGGUUAAAACUGACUCUCGAGGUCUGCCACAGAGGUGGCUGAGCGAAGUCUUGCUCGUUAGCAGUCGCUUUGCUGUUAGCUGUUCGUGUGGCAAAAGCAAACUGAAGAAAUGUAUUCACAGAAAUGGUGUGGCUUGCUUGGCCGGGAAGGCAGGAGCUCUUCAGUGCCACUGUCCUCUACGCUGGUGUGAGACUGUGGGAUGAACACAGCUCAGCUGUGAAGCAUUUUUUUGAUACUUUUUAGACAGAUGCUUUUGUCGUUGGGAGAUAAAAAGCUGCCAUACUUUGAAAAAAAUGCAUUUUAGUACAUUCUCUUUAUUGCUGUUCUGAAGUACCAGUCGUUUUCAAAGGUCAUGUUGUUGAACUAUGACUUGUUCCUGAUUUUUUUAAAAGGCAAACAGGUGUUUUUAGAUACUGCUUCUUUUCUAUACUUUUUGAAAAAGAAAAGGAAAACAUUAUUGAAAUUAAUCUUCAACAGAUAAUGGCAACUCAGAAUAGCUUAUGCAGUCAGUCUUGUUUUGUUUUUUAUAAUAUAGUAUUGUUAAACUUGAGUUAUAGAACACUGCUGUACUUAGUUUCCUUCGUCUUUUCAGACCUCAGCUAUUAUUUUUGAGGAAGACAGACUGAAAAGAUGAUAAUUUCCAGACUCUUCUAUAAAUAAUUUUACAAAGAAUUGGGGAUUUUCUCAGACAGGAGUCCAUUUCUGUUUACUAGGAAACAGUGUCUUGCAUUUUAGUCUGUAAAAUUAUAGAAAUCUGUUCUUCUUUGUCUCCAUCCAUGUCACUCCUGAGAACUUACAUGCAGUAAAUUGCCAACUAAAGUCCUUCAAAAUCUCAAGAUUGGCUUUAAAAAGUCAGAAGAGAGCGAGGGGAAAAAAGGUAUCAUGAGUUGGGUUCUUUUAAUUUUUUUCUCUGUGUUUUUUUUAAGCCUUUGGAGAGCCUUCAAUCACAUUCUCAAGAUUUUUUUCCUCCUCAACUGGGAGGACUAGCAAAUUACUUUAAUUAAAAAAAUUAAACUACUACUUAGAUUUUGAGAUAAUCACAGAUGUUAGGGCUGGAGUCUUGAUAAUUAGUUAAGACUUGCAAUUAAAACCACAGAAGUUGGCAAGACAGCAGUUAUCAAGGAUCACAUCCCUUUAUGGCCCAGCCUAUAGUUUGUCUCUUACCUUUAGGAAUAGGUGUGUGUAACUCCGGAGGGGUACACCGAGAUUCCCAGCUGAGCUGGAUGCCAGAGAACUUUCUGCAGGAGCUGGUGGGAUUUGAAGGCACAGAGCUAUCAGAAAGACCUGAUAGCUGCCAGGACACAAGGCUGUGUCCUGUUCCCAAAUGCAAUCAGUGCCAGGGAUCCCAUUGACCGUAGCACAGUAGAAAUGGGGCCCAACAGGAGAAAAGGCUCUUUGCUUCUUGGGACUGUGCUUUGUACAAAGUGCCGCAAGAAUGCAGAUACAGUAGGGAAGCAAGUGUCAGUGUGGUUUUCACUGAAAACAGGAUUUUUUUAUAUUGUUUUAGGUCAUCUGCUUACUUACUAACUCUAUAAGUGGAGGGCACAUUCUAUGCUGUAUGACUAUGGACUAAACAAUAUCAAGUUCCCACAAAUAUUAGCAGAAACAAAUUUGAAGCAAAAGUUCAUUUAGGCUUUUUAUUUCAAAUUAAGUUAUUUAUUUGUAUAUUUCAAUAAAUAUUUAAUUUAUAUCUGUACAUAUUUAUGAUGCAAAUUAGGCUUCUAGUCAACGUUUGCAAUGAUGUAACAGUUGCCAUUAAGAAGUGGUCCCGCAUCAAGUAAUGCAGAGUAGUUAAAAGCCAAAUCACCUGUCCUGUUUACCCAAUAUUGGCAUUGUAUCUUCCACCCCCUGUAUCCCAUGAAAAAAAAAAAAAUAU